AUGGUGUUCGGUUCAAAUCAUGUUAGUUUGUCUAUAUAUCUCUCCCUCACCCUGUUGAUCUAUUUGUCUCAACAUCUAUCCCUCUCUACAGCUAGUUGUCUGUCUGUCUCUCCCCUUGUCUCUGUCUCAGUGACUCAAUAUCUAUUUCUCACUCUCCUGCUCUCUAUCUCUCUAAUUGUAUCUGUCUCUCAAUUUCAUUCUCUAUCUCUCUUUCUCUGUCUCUCUGUCUGUCUAUCUCUUUCUCUGAAUCAUUGUCUAUCUAUCUAUUUCUAUCUGUCUGUCUUUCUGUUGUAUUGUCCAUCUCUCUAUUUCUCGGUCUCUCUGUUUGUCUCUCUGUCCCUUUCUCCUUUUCUGUUUCUCUGUAUAUUUCUUUAUCUCUGCAUCUUUUCUCUGUUUUUGUCUACUCCUCUAUCUCUUUCUCUGUCUUAUUGUCUGUCUCUCUAUUUCUCUCCCUAUCUUUCUGUCUGUCUAUCACUCAGUUUAUCUAUUUUUGCAUCUGUCUAUCUAUUUACCUGCCUCUUUGUUUCUCUUUCUCUAUUUACCUGCCUCUCUGUUUCUCUUUCUCUAUUUAUCUGUCUCUCUGUUUCUCUUUCUCUAUUUAUCUGUCUCUCUGUUUCUCUUUCUCUAUUUAUCUGUCUCUCUGUUUCUCUUUCUCUAUUUAUCUGCCUCUUUGUUUCUCUUUCUCUAUUUAUCUGUCUCUUUGUCUAUUUAUCUAUCUCUCUGUUUCUCUUUCUCUAUUUAUCUCACUGUUUCUUUGUUUCUCUUUGUCUCUUUCUCUAUCUGUCUCUGUUUCUCUUUGUGCAUUUCUCUUUUUAUUUGUUUCUCUUUGUCUAUUUCUAUGUCCAUCUCUCUCUCUCUCUUUUGGUCUGUCUUUCUGUCUAUUUUUCUGUCUCUCUGUUUCUCUUUCUCUCUUUCUCUGUCUAUAUCUUUCUCUGUCUAUUUCGCUGCAUGUUUGUUACUUUUGUUCAGAAUUAG